AUGGCGUGUUUGCUGCUGUUGCUGCUGCUGUUGCCCCUGCUUUGGGGGGGGUCCCUGCAGGAGCAGCCAGGCUAUGAGCUCCGAGUGCAGGAUUCGGUGACGGUGCAGGAGGGUCUGUGUGUCCACGUGCCCUGCUCCUUCUCCUACUGGAGGAGUUCGGGAACUUCCUCUGGCAAAUUCUUCACCUACUGGUACCGGGAAGGGGACAGGACAAACCGUGGUGCUCCUGUGGCCUCGACGAACCCAGACAAACCAGUAAAGCAGGAGACCAAAGGCCGCUUCCUCCUCGCAGACCCCACUACCAACAACUGUUCCCUGCAAAUCAGAGACGCCAGGAGGAGUGACUCAGGACGCUACGACUUCCGAGUGGAGAUAGGAUAUCCUGGAUAUAAUUUCCAAGGAAAUCCCCAAAGAUAUAACUUACCAGGAUAUAGUUACCAAGAUAAGAAGCUGGAUUUGCAGGUGACAGCCCUGACAGAGAAACCCCACAUCCAUAUUCCGGAGCCUCUGGAAUCCGGCCACCCCACACAGCUCACCUGCAGCCUGCCAGGGGCCUGUGAAGGGGGACGACCUCUCACCUUCUCCUGGGAGGGAGCCGCUGUGGACUCACUGGACCCUCAGAACCUCCGCUCCUCAGUGCUCAUCCCAAGGCCCCGGGACCAUGGCACCAACCUCACCUGUCAGGUCCAAGUCCAAGGAUUUUCGGUGCCCACACAGACAACCAUCCGGCUCAAUGUCUCCUAUGCUCCUCAGAACCUCACCAUAGGCUUCUCGUUUGGAAACGACACAGCCUUUAAGAAUCUGCAAAACACAUCCCUUUCCAUCCUGGAGGGAAAGACCUUGAGGCUGCGCUGUAUGGCUGACAGCAACCCCCCUGCCAAUCUGAGCUGGUUCCAGGGGUCCCCAGGCCUGAACUCCACCCGCAUCUCCACCACCGGGAUCCUGGAGCUGCCUCACGUGUGGCCUGCACAGGAAGGAGAGUUCACCUGCCAAGCUCAGCACCCACUGGGCUCCCAAACUGUCUCUCUCAGCCUCUCUGUAGACUACCCCCCGCAGCUUCUAGGACCCUCCUGCUCCUGGGAGGACCAGGCUCUGUACUGCCGCUGCUCCGCCAGGGCCCAGCCGGCCCCCUCCCUGCGCUGGAGGCUGGACAAGGGACUGCUGGAGGGGAACCACGGCAAUGCCUCUCAUGUGGUCACCUCCAGCUCAGUGGGGCCCUGGACCAACAGCUCCCUGAUCCUCCGUGUGGGUCUCAGUGAGGGACUCAGACUCAGCUGUGAGGCCUCGAAUAUGCAUGGGGACCAGAGCGCCUCUCUCUUGCUGCUGCCAGGGAAGGUGGUGUCCCAGGCAGGAGUGGUUCCUGCAGCUCUUGGAGGUGCUGGUGCCAUGGCCCUGCUGUCCCUGUGCUUGUGUCUCAUCUUCUUUUGCAUAGUGAAAGCCCGAAGGAGGCAAGCCUCUGGGAGACCAAAGGUGACGAAUGAUGAAGACCCGGUCAUGGGCACCUGGGGUUCCAAGAAAACUCUGAAGCCAGAUGGGCCCCCAGACCAAGCGUCACCUGCAGAGAAGGGCCCUGUGUCAGGGGAGCAACAGGAGCUCCACUAUGCCAACCUCACCUUUGAAGGCAUGAAGCCACGGGAGCCCCGGGACCAGGAGGCCACCAUCACCCACGAGUACUCAGAGAUCAAGCACACAGGCAAAUGAGGACUCGCUCCGAGCUCAGUCCUGGCCAGAGGCACCACAGCCUCUUGUGAAGGGGAAAGAAGUCCAGGACUCAUGGCUGAAGCAUGAGGAGACCUUGGGGCCUGUUUAACAUGAACAGGUGAAUGAGCAUCCCCAGGCAGAGCAGAAAGAAGACGGGUGAUGGGCCGGCUCUCUCCAGCUCACCUGCACCUGUGUUUCAGGUGAGCUGCACCAUGACGUUGUCUCUCACCCUCCCGCUCCCUCCAGAAUGUCACUUCCUGGAUUCUGGCAUAUUGUCUAAGGUGGUCUGGGUUUGCUAAUAAAUCCCGUCUUCUC